CGUCACUUUGACAUUUAGAAAGAAAACAUUGUAAUUUUGUAAACGUAAUCGACCAUCAGGCAAGCACAGACCUCGAGAGUUACGUGUCAAGAAAUUUCAGUCAAAUUGUACUUACAAAGAUACUGACAAGCCUUGUAAACAGAUUACAGCAAGAAGAUGGCACCCAGCUUAAUGCUGAACAAAAUACCAAUGACCCCUUUUCGCGUCAUGGUGGCUGUUUCUGGGGUCGCUGCCAUUUGCCUUGUUAUAUCAGCCUUAAGUACCACUGGGACCAAGCCAAAAUUAGGAGCAGUGUUUCAGCAGGUUGCAAAGACUGUCAAGCGACAAGCUACAGGAAAAACCAUGGCUGAUGCAUCAUUUUGGCGCAGUGUCAAUCUUCAGGCCGAGAAAAUUCCCACAAAGACAUCAGACUUGAAAUCAUCUGUUACUGUGAAUACAAACCACAUAAACAUCAUGGGUACUAACACAUUCUAUCGCGAAGCCAAUCCUCCCUCGGGUGUUACAAGCAGUGGAGAGGUGGUUGUUCUCCUGCAUGGUAUGGCUUUUAAGUCAGAAACCUGGCUGAACCUUGGAACCAUCAACAUUUUGGCUGCCAUGGGCCAUCGUGUCAUUGCUAUUGACCUACCAGGCUUUGGCAACAGUGGACGGCAGGAGUUGGGCCCUGAACUGAGGCGCUCUUGGCUCCAAUCUUUCUUCAUCGCAGUGGAUCUUCCACCCUCUAUCGUAGUUUCCCCUUCUUUCUCCGGUGUAUACUCACUUCCUAUGUUGGCAUUGCAAUCCCAGGAACUAGCCGGGUUUGUGCCAAUAGCUGUUGAUGCAACAGAUGAAGUACCUGUAAAUUACUUGCAAAGUAUCAUGAUCCCCACUCUGAUCAUCUAUGGAGAAAAAGAUCGUAGUCUGGGAAUCACUUCACGAGAUGAUUUGCUCAACAUCCCCACAUCCCAAGCAGUGAUGAUUCCUCAGGGUAGUCACCCAGCAUACCUUGACAAUCCCGACAUGUUUCAUGAGCUGCUUUACAAUUUCAUAAAGCAAGUGCAUGCUCACAAAGCAGUUGCCUAAAGCUGAUACAGUUUCAUAUGAAGAAUAAAGCUGUUGAUGACCAGAGAGAUAGUACUUCAACCCGCUGGUUGUAAGUGACAAGUCAGGCUGUCUUGACUUUCAAACAUCCUGAGCACAGGUUCUUUAUCAGCAUAGAAUGCAGAGUUACUUACUAAUAGUGUUUCUCAAUUUCAGUAGUUGUCUGUGAAAGAGAAUUAUGCUUGCUUCAUAGAUGACCAGGAUUAAUAGGGUGCUCUGGUAUUUCUGGAGAAUAAUGAUAGAUGAACAGAAUAGCUGUUUUUUGUGAUUAAUUUCACAUUCCUCUAGUUAACUGUAGAAAAUAUCUGAAACAAUGGAAGGGUAAUGUCAUUAAUUACAUACAUUAAAGCUGGAAAGGACUAUUGUGUUCAAUAAUUCUGGAGAUGAUAAACUUUACAGUUUUCAUUCCAGUUAUGACAUAAAUACUAAAGGAUAUUUGUCUUCUCCGGAAGAUGGAAAAAAAGGUUAGUGAGGUAUUUAUCUUUUUCAUUUUCAGCUCAGUAGUUGAUCAUCAUUUUCAAAGUUAGUCAACUGAUUUCGGUGAGCAGAACAGUCAUUGCAUAUGAAGUCUAUGAUAAAUAGGUUGUUAUAUGUACAUGUUAUUGCAAUCUCAGUCUAAGAUCUGGAAUCAAAGUAGAUUAUCACUUGUCACCUGUGAUAUAAUUUGAGGAAGCAAUAUACAGCAUAAAAAGUUUUUUAUUUCCUGUAGGUUUACCACAGUACAGAGAGAAAGUAUGAUGUACUGUAUUGUGAAAAGUGUCAGUAUUUUGGGUUUUGUUAAUGUUGGGUUGUCUUCAAGAAAUUGCAAAUGUUGAGAUUCAGUAGUGCUUGUUGAAAAGUACCAUAUAAGUUUUAGAAAAAUGGUUUUCAGUGUUGAAAUUUGAGAAUAAUUUUGUAAUUUUAUGCUUUGUAAAGUACAUAUGGUUAUAUUUCUUUGAAUUUUCCACACGUGAUCAUCACAAUUCAUUUUUUUGAGUGUUGAGUGUAUCAUGCUAUUAUCUAUGGAUAAAUGUUCUUUUCUACAUCUGUCUAUUUGUGAGAGUUUUAUUAUUUAUGAAUAAUGAAAAGAUAUUUUCUUUGAUAUAUAGCAAAAUAUAGUAAUGACUGAGAAAGUUUUGUCAUUGUAGUUUAGUAUUGUUUUCUGUAUGAAUGUCACAGGCAAUCAGGUAUUUUAAAUAGACUCAGUAUGUCAUCUUUUGUGGAUAUGUUAUAAAAGGAAAAAACUUACACAAACUACACUUUUCAGUUGAACUAGUAUUUAUAAUUGUAAUGAGCACUAGUGGUUUUGGGGAAUUUAGUUAGGAAUUUAGAAUUGCACUCAUUUGUAGUGUAUUACUACAAAAUUUCAAUUUUACAUCUGUGGUUGUAAGCCCUUUUGUAGUACAUGGAUACCUAUAAAGGUUAGUCAGCAAGAUAUAGUUCAGCUAAUUUUGUUAGUAACUUUGGUUUCGUAAGUUGUCCUAAGGUAUUUUUAUUUAAAAAGGGUUCAGCCAGACCACUUAGCCAAGAGCUCCAACUCUUUCAAGUGUUGAUUCAUUUGGGCAAGAAAUUUAUCUGUUGCAGGAAGUAAGGCUUUUUCUAACUCGAACUUUUUCUGGUGUAGUGGGUUUGGCAUCCUCACAGAAAACUUCAAAGGUUUGGGAAUAAUAGAAGAGUAUUGUGGAUUUAUUUUUUUUUAAAUGUACUGUAUACAUUCCAGUAUAUCAUUGUCUCAACUGUGGUUUGCUGUAAGUAGUUAAGUUUCCUCUACAUUUCUUUAUAUUGUUUGCUUUCCAGGCACAGAAUUGCACAAAUUGAUAUGGAAUUAGUGUGGAAAAAAUUUGCUUCAGCAUAUGAAGUAAAUAGAUUUGUUAACUGCUUCACAUGGGAUAAUUAAUGCACUACAAUAUUUUUUAUCAUAUAUUUAAGGUUUGUGAUAAUUUUUGGUUUUAGUACUGUAGUAACACAAGAAAAUCAAAUAAUUUAACCAGUUUAUGGAGGCAAGAUCUUUAAAAUUUGAGGGCUUGCCUUAUUUCUUGCUUUUAUAGUUUACAAGUACUGUGCUUCUUUGUAAAUCAGUAGAAAAUUAGCAAAUAUGGUGAUUUUACAAGGGCCAUAAGCACAACACAAUAUAUUGGCAUUUUGUACAGUACAGAUUGAUGUUGUUAACAUGUAUUUACAGCAUUCAAAUUUUGUGAUAACUAGGAAGUACUUAUAGUAUGUACUUGCACAGCAAUAUAGAGUACUAUGCAAUAUUGCAGUUUUGAAAGUCUUCUUUUAUAGUACAGUUCAUUUUAAAGAGGGCAGAACUUAGCUGUCUGCAAGUGGAGAUGUUCAUUUUAUAGCAUUCUGCUUAUAUAGUCCUAUCUCCAUUUAGGUUUAUCAAGGAGGGCAAUCAGUGAGAUGUUUGUUUCAUAGCAUUCUGCUUAUAUAGUCCUAUCUCCAUUUCUGUUUAUCAAGGAGGGCAAUCAGUGAUGAUCCAUGGUUUCAGCUUCUGGGAGAUUUGUCAGUAUUUCUGAUAUCUAACUACUACAUUGUAACUGUACGUCCAGCAUAUAUUUUGUGAAAACACCAGUUACUACAUUCUGCUUAUGACUUUUACUGAAUGUGGAGCAAUGAUUGAUUAUAUUUUCAUUUGAUUUGCUGAACUUCUAAAAUAUUCAUUUGUGAAAAGCUGGAGAAAAUGCAGUAAUCUGUAAGUACUUUACAAUAAUCUCAAUAAGAAGCCAAGUAAUUAUAUCAUUGUAAUUUAUUAUGUAUACAGACAGAUUAAAAAAAUUGGCUUUUUAGCAUGAAUUUAGAAUGAAGCUGAGAAAAGAAUCUUGAAAAUAUUUUAUCAAAGAAAAAAUAUAUCCAAGCAUGCAAUAAGUAACAUAACAGUGCAGCAAUGAAGCAAUUGUAUAAUGAAUGCAUAUUGUUUUUUAUGAAUAAAUUAUUUUUUACUGUAA